AGUAAAUCGCUAGCUCGCCUAGCUCUCGGUACCUCGACGAGAACGCGCUUAAUACUUAGUAUAGUAGUUAAUAACAUAAAGCUUUAUCAUGGAUAAGAAAGCAAAAUAAUGUUACUGAAAUACUGAUAAAUGAUAAUACGGCCAAUACGGCAAUACGGAUAAAUGCCAAAUAGCCAAUAUUCAAUAAGUCUUCAUAGUUUAUAAGACCGUGUAUACUGUGCAUAAUUAAUAAGUAAUAACCCUAGCUGUAAUAAAAUAAAUCAAACACCUAAUAUUAUCUUAAUAUUAAAUUGUUUCAAAUUUCGAUCCUAAACCAAAUUCUUGAGUCAAGACAUUGAAAUUACAAAAAUAAAGUUAAAAUUUGUUAUAUCUUUAGGUAUAUAAAUGAGUAGUAAUUUUAUUUUUUGCAAGUGAUUGUUUUCUGACCAAUUGAAUGACCAUUUGAAUUAGUUUUAUAAAACUUAUAAAAUGAAUAUAGAAGAAAGACGUGAAGCGAGGCGCAAAAGAAUAUUAGAGAAUUCAGAACAUAGACUUAAAAAAAUUACUUCAUUAAGUUCUAAUCAAAACAUAUUAAACGAACAAUCUGAAUUUAUAAAAGACAAACCUGAAAAUUGUUCACAGAAUUCUGAUUUGCCUGAUUUUUCUGUUCAGAAAUGUUUUAAAGAAAAUGUGAUACCAACAGUUAUUGAAAACCAACAAGUGUUUAACUAUGAACCAGAUCAUUUCAAUCCAAAAUUACAUUCCAAAAAUAUUAAAUAUGAAAUUAAAUUUUCAUUUAUUACAAUCUUACACAUUAUAUUAUCUCAAAUUGUUUUAGUAUUAUUCUACUAUGACUUAGGAUUUUUAUUUGGCAAUUCAAUAGUAGUGCCAUUUUUGCUUAGUUCAAUACCUGAAUUAUAUUCAUCAGAAGAACAACAUGAUAGUAUACACAUGAUUGUGUUGUCAAUGAUGGGGUUUUCUCAUAAUUUGGCAAGAAAUAUAUCUAGAUUUUUCAAAUUGGCAAGCACAACAGGGAAAAGAUUUUGUAUAUAUAUGUUUUGUUUUAUAUGUUCAUAUGCAAUACUCACUUAUCUAUAUUUUGAUGUUAAACUUAAUAAUUCUAUACGAUAACAAAUUUAUUUAUUUGUGAAAUGUAUGAUUUUAAUUUUUUUUUUACUAUGGUAUUAAUAAAUUUAAUGUACCACAUUAUGUUGAAUUUAAUAUUUUAGGCCAUUAGAAUAUGUUUUGGGAGUUUUUAAUUUAAAUAUUUAUUGUAAAAAAUGCUCACUAAUUGUAAUAUAUUGGUAUAUUUAUAUUUUUUCAAUAUAAAUAUUGUUAUUUAAAUUAAUAAAUAAAAUAAAUUCCAUGUAUAAAAUUUAUCUUAAGUUAGGUCAUUUAUAUAUAAUAUAUAUAUAUACUCACAAAUAUGAAUAUGCAUAGUUCUAUUCUGCAUUAUCAAACUGUAAUUUCAAUGAUUAAAUUAUAAUAUCUCAAUAAAUUUUAUUAAUUUUAA